AUGGGACCGGAAAUGCAAUUGUUCCUUCUUGCCUUCAUUAUCGUCGAGAUCUGCGAGAUCUUCACCGUGGGCGGCUUCCCUCUUGACAGCGCGGUGCUGAAGGGGUUCUCGGCAGUUCAUGUCGCUGCGAUCACCGCGACUUGCUGGAUCCUAUUCUUGAACGCUCUUGUCGGGUUUCAGUUCCUUGACGACGGUACACCUGUUUCGCUCGGUCUCUGUCUUGCUUCUGCCCUGUUGUUCUUCGUCGGUACCGGUUAUAUCGCCCUAGAUACUGCUUUCGACUGGACCGGAGAGUUCGCGACGGACGCGUCUAAUCACUAUCGAAAUAUCGCCCUCUACGUACUGUACCAGCUCUUCCCCCUCGUCCUCCUCGUGGCGUUCUUCGUUCUGGAAGCUGUUUUGGUGAUCCGGGUCCUGGGCGAGUUCCAGCCAAUGUUGUAUCUGUCCGCCGCUGGUUUAUUGUUCGCCAUUGGCCAAAUCUUCAACUACGUGAUCAGCACCCAUCUCUGCCAGGCGUCGCACGGGAAAGUCAACGGCGCCUUUUUCGAAACGUUGUUCACACUCUUGUCGGUCGUUACGGUCUGGUUCUUCUGGAGCAGUAUAACGGAAGACGACUGGCCUAUGCCGAUGGCUGUAGGCAGUGGCUACAACUAA